AACGUCAAAAAGUCUAUUGUUGACAAACUAUUCAAACGCUUUCAAAGCUCUCUUAGAAAAAUGAGAAAUUUGCAGGAAAUUGAGGAAGGCUAUUGCCAGAAUGUGGCAGACUCCAUGAAAGCACAAUGCAUCCUACCGAAUGAUGCUGAUGUUCUUGAGGUUCUGAACUUUCCAACUGAAUUUGACUUACUUUCUCUCUCGCCUGACCCUGAGCGUGACCUUGAUGUGGUCAGCCAACCGGUAGAUUGUGCUGUGAAUCUCUCUGGUCCAAACUCUAGCUCAGGUGUUCCGUGCGCAGAGGAAGAUGUGUCUGAUUCGGUUGAUCUGCUCGAGGAAGAUCUCGUGCUUUCCGACUCGGACAGCGAUUUCGAUGAUAACGUCACUGAUGAUGUCACUAUAUGGUCGCACGAGUCGGUUGCUGCCUCGUUCCUAGCAGCCACUUCCGGUUACAGCUCUGAUUCUGAGAGUGACUCUGAGGACACGGUUGUGACAAGACGCAAGUCGGCUACAUUGCCUCGACGAAACAAAGACAGGAAAUCGUGUCCGAUGAUGAUCUCUCUGAUGACGAAGGUUGUGAUUUUACCGACAAACGCCGCCGGCGAAGGCGACGCUACAACCGCCUGAAAAAGGAACGUACGGACUCCACACAGUCCGCCAAUAAGAGAUCGUUAAGUCCUGAGUCCGGUACUUCUAUGGAGGACACCAGCUCUAAUGAGAGCGAGUCAGGCGACUUGUCUAGCUCUGACUCGGACAGUGACGAUUCGUUAUUAGAGUCAUCUAGCGACUUGGAUCCUGGAAGCUGCAGCUGUAGCGACUCGGACUCUGGAAGUUGCAGCAGGAACGGUUAAACCAUAACAGCAAUACUUAAAUAUAUCAUAAAACUAAAGAACUUGAAAAGGAUGAUAAUUACUUCUUUAGAACGUAGUUAAUUAUCAGCUUUAAAUUGUUGUUGUUUCAUUUGGCAUCUACUUGCUAGAAUUUGGUUACUAGAAUUUCUCCCGUGAUGUUUCUCGAGUUCAUUAUUUCUACAUGGAGAUUAUUUAAACAUUAUAGUGUUUUGAUGUACGUGUUUUUUAAAUAGAAACUUUAAUAGCCUUUGAGGUUAUGGCAGAAGCGAUGAAUGGAAACUUCCUAUUUACCAUGUAAUGCCUAUUUAUAGUAAU